AGCUACAACCGGUGACUACAACCACUUUCAACCGGUCAUAGUCGGCAUCGGUCAACUCAAGAUGAUCAAGAAUUCCCGGCUUCACAGCCAACGAGAUCGCUUUUAUGAGCGUUAUCAGUUCAACUUGCCGCCACAGUCUGAGUGGAAGAUCUCGAAGUGCACUCUUGGUAUGCUUUUAUCCAGUACAGCACGCCACAAAGCCAGCGAUCCGAAGGACAAAGUGUACGGCAUCCUCGGCGUUCCACAGGACUUUGGGAUUCCUCCAGAAAUCGAGAUCCGUUACGACUGGGCUAUCUGCGACGUCUACAUGCGUGCGGCUGAGUGGCUCUGGAAAGAAGAUCAAACACUUGAUUUCCUUGGCCGAACAUACGCCGAGUGAUUGUUACACCAGAAACAGCGGUUUGACUUGCCUUCUUGGACCCCUGAAUUCACGAUGCCGAGCAGUCAUCAGUCCACUUUCCAUCGCAUGCUCUUUGUCCGCCCCAAAGGCAGGGAAGCGACGGCUAGCACGUUCAAAUUUGCUGGGAACACCGUUGCCGCCAGCUGCGAGUUCGACUUCCACGCAUAAGACCAUCACUGUCACUGGGUUCCAGGUCGAUGAGAUCGGAUGCAUCGAGGACAGGAUUAAGGACAUAGUCCCGGAUUACACAAGCGAAGCGAUGACGCGGAUUUGCAAACGGAUAUGUUGGGAUCAACCUGACCAGGAAUUCGAAUCCGAACUAGAGCACUUCUGGAGAGCCUAUUUGGGUCCUGAGCCCGCUCAAGCGUCUUCCUGGGCUGUCGCGGAGGUCGAUGCCAUGCCGCGACGCCUGUUAGACUUGAAGUGCUUUAAGACAGCACAACACAAAUUGAUUGGCAUGACCGACGCGGCUGUCGGUGUGGGCGAUGUUGUCUGUGGUCUCUUCGGGCUUCGAGUUCCUGUUAUCUUGCGGAAGAACUCGGACACCACCGGUCCCAACACAGCCGACGUCCGUUCGCCGCAAGAACGGCGCUUGUUUCGCUCAAGUAAAUGGGAUCGCUGGCCUCCCACGUGUACGGCGCCAGCCCUGCGGCCACGAGUGCGUCGUUGACAACACUGUCCACAGGGAUGUCGCCCUCCCACGCGGCAACCCAAGGCGCCGUGACGGAGACGGUGUCGAUGCGAGCUUGCAAGGCGGCCUCGGAUUCGGCUUUCAGCGCAGUCACUAGCUUACCCAAGACGGUGGCAUCGUGGGUGCCGGCGAGCCCUGCGCUCCGUCGUAGCAACUUGAUGCGGCAACCUCACCCGAGCACUUCUGGAAUGCACUCCGGGACCAACUGCUUUCGUCUGUGGUGAAAUUCACCAAGCGGUUUGGGGGCUUCUUUUCCUAUUCCGACUUUAUCCUCCUCG